GCAGUCGCCUUGGCAACACAAGCAUAAGGGGCGGGCGCAAGAGAGUGGCAGCCAAUUGUGCGAGGCGGGCUCGACGCGAAGAGCCAAUGGCGACGCCGCUAGGAUCCCCUCAGAAGGGCGAGGCGGCGGCGGCGGCCUUGAAAAAGCGCGAGGAGCCGGCUGUGCUGGCCAUGGCGGCGCAGCUACGAAGGGGUCUGUUGAGUCGUGGCCUGUGAAACUCCCCGCCACUGGCUUAGUGGCAACGUGUGACGAACCGGCUUUCCUCCUCCUUGGGCUUGUGCUCCACUCGUGCGCGGCUCCAGCUGCACGUGUGCAUGAGAUGCUAAACCACCUGAAGAAAGACAUGAUAGUAGAUCAUGGCAAGACCCGCAGCCUGUUGAAUGGUCCACGGGGACCUCUGCAAGAAAUCAGCAACAGGAUGGUGACCCAAAGACCCAAAGGAUUCAAGGAUCCCAAUUCAUUCUCUAUGGAAGUGGAAUUGUGCCAAGCCUUUUCUGAAAUGCUGCGGGGCAAUAUAGAAGAUAUUGAUGCUGGAGACAGGGAGGACCCCCAGAUGUGCAGUGACUACGUGAAGGAUAUCUACCAGUACCUGAGGCAACUGGAGGUCCAGCAGCGUGUCUUUCCCUUCUACCUUGAUGGCACAGAGAUCAGUGGGCGGAUGCGGGCCAUUCUUGUUGACUGGCUGAUCCAGCUCCAUGCAAGGUUCCAACUUAUGCAGGACACUCUCUACAUGUGUGUGGCCAUCAUAGAUCGCUUCUUGCAAGCUCAGCCUGUCUCCCGCAAGGAACUGCAGUUGGUUGGUGUUACUGCGAUGCUUCUGGCUGCAAAAUAUGAAGAGAUCUAUCCACCAAGUAUUUUAGAUUUUGUCUACAUGACUGACCGAGCAUACACACCGACUCAAAUCCGGGCAACGGAGCAGAAGAUCCUUAAGGAGCUUAACUUUGCCUUAGGAAGACCGCUACCACUCCACUUCCUGAGGCGGAUAGCCAAAGUUUCUGAUGCAUCUGCUGAAUCGUACCUGCUAGCAAAGUACCUGAUGGAGCUGACCCUUUUGGACUACAAUAUGGUGCAUUAUAAUCCUUCAGAGGUUGCAGCUGCAGCAAUUUGCCUGUCUCGGAAGGUCUUCUCAGAAGGCCAGUGGAACCCCAAGCUGUGCUAUUAUACUGGAUAUGAAGAGGAGGGUCUUACCCCUGUUAUGGAGCACAUGGCCAAGAAUGUUGUCAGAGUCAACAGGAAUCUAACAAAAAACCUUGCUGUCAAGAACAAAUAUUCUAGCAGCAAAUUCCUGAGGAUCAGCACUAUCCCUCAGCUGAACUCCAGCAGCAUUAAAGACUUUGCAGCGCCUUUGCUGGGUGAAGCCAGGCAGCUGAUGUGAGCACUGCCCAAUCAUUACAUGGAAGAAAAUAUGCCGUUUUUGGAUGUGGCCUUCUGGAGGUCUUUUUAAGGUGAAUGCUUUAGAGUUGCUCUUAAACAAAUAUUCCAUAUUCUUGUACAUAAUAAAGAUAUUGUAAAAAAAAAUAUGUCCUUUUACAAAAACGAAAAGCAGGAGUCAUAAUGGCAUUACCAAGGCAGAGCAACACUUUGCUAGCCUGGCAGUCUUGCAAGUCCAUCCAUUCUUUCUAGCUGUCCUUCUUACUGUGCUGCUUGGGCUUCCCAGGGUAAGUGAAAGCCCGAGAGGGCCAGGAGGCAGCUUCCUUUCUUGUUUCUGCUCCACAGCAUUUCAAUGCCUUGAAAAUGUUGCACAUCUCCUUAUGCACAGAAGCCAGAAGUGGUCCCCUCACUGCAGUGUGUUUUCUUGGCCAACAAUGAUUUGCUGUUCUUGGCCAGACACUGAUUAAGACUUGAGGGUGAAGCAACCUUCUGCUGCCCCCACCCCCAAAUGAAAAUGAUGCACUGAGCCAGAAACAGGCCAAGAGAAAAUGUUUUUGGUCAUUUUCAGCAUUUUUUGUAACCAAAUUUAAACAUCUGGAAUAAAUGACAAGUGAAGCAAUUCUGCUUUUCAUUCCACCUUCACACCUUGUUACAAUUUGCCUUCUAUACAGUUUAGGAGAUGUGAAACUGACGGUGUUAAAAUACCUGUAAGUUACCGCUGGUUUUGUGUUUGUGCAUCAGUAAGAAUUCCACAGUACCUUACUAAAGGAUAGUAUUUGAAAUAUUUUGCUUCUUGAAAAUGAGAAGCUCUGGGCAAAGCCUUAGCUUUACUCUACCAUUUACAAAUAAGUUUAAGCAGCCUUUACUGCUGAGGCUGGAGGCUGGUUAAGCCAUCAUUUUCAAUCUUGUCAAACCCAUGGCCUGAAAUCCUGGUGUUUUUUUUGGGGGGGGGGAAGGAUUGGUCCAUGUGUGUGCAGGUUUAGGUAAAAUGGGACAAUUAGAGAUUAACAAAGCCUCACGAACAAGGUGCCCAAUCACUCCUAGUCCUCCUGCCCCUGGUGUCUGAAUACAGCCUGAGCCUUGAUUGUAGGAUGCUGUGGGAAGGGGAUAGACAUGUGGGGGGGGGGUUUGCUGUUCUUUCUCUGUAAGCUUGUUGGUACCAUCCUUAGUAUUUCUGACUGUAGCAUUUAAAUCUUGUAUUGUGGCAGAGUGUGUUGAACUUCUGGUGGUAGCAGCUACCUUUAAAAGUUUAGCGUUUCUGGAAGCCACUUGAAAACACUUCUGUCUUCCUGCUCCAGUGCUUUGCUGCAGCUAGAUUUGAGAUUACGUGCUUCUGAGCUCCAUUCUUCUACUACAUUUGACAGAGCAGAGGUCCUAUGACACAGAACUUCCUGAUGUUGCUUAGAUUUGUUCUGGAGCAGAAGCAGCUAAAUAUGCAUGAAAGCAGCAUGAAUGUUUUUAUUCUCAAGGCAUCUGUCAUGGUGGAAGGACCUAAUGCUGUACAAAGAGAAGGGUGGCUGGAGCUGGCCCCAUCUGCAGAUCCCUCAGGACAAGGCAAGGUUGGUGCAGAGUCUGGCAGGCUCUUGGCCACGGAGGAUGGGCCAGCAGCCAUAAGAUGCAGAGCAAGCGGAACCCGCCACAUCCUACCAACCACCUUGAUGAGACCUCCAGGGAUUGAAUGUGUCUUGGUCCCCCUGCGUACAAAGCAGAUACUCUGCCACUAGGGCUGCGGUCCCUUUCUCGGAACACCUUUUAUGCUUCAGCUGCAAUGUGUACUGUUAAGCAGUACUUUCCACUAACAAGAGCAUAACUCCCACUUGCGAUAAAAGCCCCCCACACUGCUGCGGUAGUUCCUAUGUUUUUAUUGAUGAUGGUUGAGAAGAGAAUGGAUAAAUUAACAUGCAUUGGGUAAGCAACAGCUUUUGUGGCUGAUGGGAAAGGCAGCUGGGCUUAAUCAAGGUUUUGUAACACUGACUUUAUCCUUAAAGAAUAGUGCAUAGGUAGAAGUACCCGGCCCCAAAAUGCUAACUGAGCUACCUUUAUCAUUAAGUGCAGUGGGUUACUGCUGUGUACAUUCACACAGGUUUGCCUGUUAUUUGAUUUUUUAAAAUGUAUAUUUUGUAAGUUCUAUUCAUUAAAUGCACAAAGCUUCCUUGGGAAGGUUACCCCCCCCCAACCCAAACAGAUGCAUCAAUAAUAAAAACCAACAUGGGCCAGCCACAUUAACAAGUCAACAUAAACGCAAACCAUUUACAGCAUACAAGGCUGCCUUUCUUUGGUCGCAGUGCCCUUGCAGAAUCAUUGUAGCUCCCAAGUAAACCUGGUCAAGCUUUCUGUGAGGCCUUUUAAAAUACAUGCUUGGGGGAAGAGAAUGACAAGAGUCCAAGAAGAAAUAGAAUCCUACUAUUCUAAGGCAGGUAGCAGCAUAACUUAUUACUGUGAUCCUCCGCAAUGUCAUCAACAGAGGAAAUGUGCAUAAUAAUGCCAUUAUUUUGUUACAUAAUUUAGAAGAAAGUCACCAGAGCAACUAAAGGCACUUGUAAAAAGUGAGUAUGUAACUCUUCCAAAGUCCUCACAGAGCACCUUGCUAUUUUCAGGCAUUUUU